AUGGAUGCCCAACAGGUUCAGCAGUUGCAACAGACAAUUACGGCAAUGCAGCAAGAACUGUUGACGCUAAGGGCACAACAACAGCAGACAGAGCAACAACAAUCAGGGGUCGCCACAUUGGCAGCUUCAGUGGCAGAAUUGGCGAAGGCACUCAGGGAGAAAGAUGACAAAACCAACACACCCAAAAUCCUCUUUGAUACCAAAGCCCUUGGAAGACCCGAAAAGUUCACAAACAGUGAGGAUGAGUUUAGGCGGUGGAGCCGGUCUGUUACGAACAUGGUUGUUUCUGUAUUCGGGCGUAGUUUCGAGGAGGUUUUGGAAUGGGUGAUUGAGCAAGAGACAGAUGUAGGCAACGGUGAUGUCGAUCUCCAGUUUGGCCAUUUCACAGCUAUGAGCCCCGAUGGGGUUGAGCAAGCCACAACGGAGACCCCAGGUGUAGAGGACAUCGCCGAGAAAGGUGAUCAACUCUGGCGCUUACUUCAACAUUUGUGCACGGGUGAAUCCGAGGGGAUUGUAGUAAACGCUACUGGAGGAUACGAAGCUUGGCGACGCCUGCAUCGGAGAUUUGAUCCCCUUUCGGCAGGUCGGAAGCGCAACUUGUUGAGGGCAAUCCUCAAUCCUGUAAGGGUUAAGGGUUGGGAAAACGUCCGGUUGGCGAUGGACCAACUAGACGAUCUGAUAAGGAGGUACGAGGCUCGAGAGAAUGAUUCGGGGCACAGAGAGAAGUUGAGCGAUGAUUUGAAAAGUACGGCUCUAGAGCUCCUCGUCCCCACCGAUCUCGAGCAGCAUCUUAUCCUCAACAAGAAGCGGCUAUCAACAUACGAUGCCAUGAAGCAAGAGAUUCAACAGUUGGUAGAGGUAAAGACGAAGGGAGCGGUAGACCAACCAGGUGGAAAGAGCGCCGCCGCACUCGAUGAACAGACCGCGGAGCCCGCGCAGGAGGAUGAGUUGGGCGCGGUAGAGUUGUGUGUGGUAGAUAGUGUUCCGAUUGACAUGGGCACGUGGCUCAAAUUCAACUAUGAUACGGGAGCAGCUCGGACUGCAAUCCCAGAGAGUUGGGAAAACCGUGCAAAACCCGUUAGCGGACCGAAUCUAACGUUCAAGACGGCAAGUGGUGAGCUCAUCAACAGCAAAGGGUUUAUGGGCAUCAUCCAAGAGGAUGGCGGACACCUUGGGCCGAGGGCAAGCCCCCUUGGGAAGAAAAUCCAGCAGCUGAUCGAGAGAUCAAGCCCCGACGACAUGAAGGGGGCUAUUCCCCUCUACCAGGAGGGAGGUGUUUACAACUUUUACUUGGAAGAUGUGGGUUCGGUUGACUUGGAAUCGUUGGUGAAGCACGACAACAAGAUGGACCCCGCGAAGGGGUGGAAGGCGAUGAACCAACAGCUGCAGAGAUCGCGGAACACGAAGUGCUGGGACACAUCCAGUAUCGUGAAUGGUGUCGAUUCAAAGACCCAAGCGAUAGCAGCUACUUUCGUUGAGGCGAAAGGGACAGAUCCUUACGCAAUCAAGUUUUGGCAAGGGUUUGUCAAGCACUUGGGUUACAAAAGGUUCAUUGCAAAAUCCGAUGGCGAAGCAUCCAUCAAAGCCAUGAAGGCUAAGGCCAUAGAAGGAUUGAAGGGGAUUGAAGCUAUCGCCCAGGAAUCGCCGGAAGAGGAUCAUCAGGCCAAUGGCCUGGCAGAAGUAGCCGUCAGAGAGGUGAAAAGGCAAGUGCGGGUGUUGAAGAGUUCACUCGAGGAGAAGUUGGGUUUGACGCUCAAAGACGAUGACCCAAUUUUGGCAUGGCUCCCCCGGCAUGGGGCCGACCUACUGUCUCGGUAUAGGAAAGGCGAAGACGGCCGGACCCCUGAGCAGAGACGCUCAGGAAAGGCGUGGCGUAGACCCGCACUGGAAUUCGGCGAGCGUUUGUACUACCGCGAGGCAGGGGCAAAGGGAGCGAACAAGAGCACUCUCCAGAUGAAGAUGCUGGAAGGGAGAUAUAUAGGACACCAUGGCGGCACGGGAUCGCUAUUGGUGAUCACGACUGAAGGCGUCAAAAGGGCACUUGGCGUUCGACGCCUAACUCUGGAAGAGAGGUGGCAACCUCAAGGCGGGCUACACCGGUUGAAUGCAGAAGGACCGCUUCCACUGCAAGGACCCAAGCCAAGAGACGCCGCAGUGGAGCUUCCACCAGCGGCAGCGGCAGGUGAACCGGAGGCUCCAGGCACUCCUGGGGCAGGGAGGCUGGCGGAAGAGAGGCCGUCGGAGCUCGAGAAGAAAGUUUCGACAGACGAGCUGGCGCGGAGGUCGUACUACCGUGAGGACGACCACCCGCCUGAGCACAGUGAACUGGAUCCACGAAGCGCGGAGGAUGUCGAAGACCUGGUUCGGGACCCACCGCCAAAGGCGGUAGACCCAAUGGACGUGCAGUACAGAGCUCAGCAGGUUGAUGUCUCCGAACUGGAGGUUGUCAACAUCGCCGCCUUGUGUACAGAGAUGGCGGCUGUAGAUGUAACGGGAGCAUGGGACUUGUCUCAGAAACAAGACGUCGAAGAGCUGGAGAAGCUAAUCGAGACGGAAGAGCCUUACCUCCUAACAGGAGGGCCUCCAUGCGAGGCAUUCUCAAGGCUGCAAGACAUCAACAUGCCCAAAGUAACACCGGAGGUGAGAAGGAUGAGAAGGGAGAAGGGCGAGCGCCACCUGCAUGCAUGUAUACGAAUGUACCACAAGCAGAUCGAUGCAGGCAGGCACUUCUUGCAUGAGCAUCCUUGGAGCGCAGACUCGUGGUAUGAUCCUGAAGUGAAGGCCUUGUCUAGCAGAGAAGGAGUCUACCUUGUAAAGGGCCCCGCGUGCAAGUGGGAGAUGCAAGCGGAAGAACUCCAGGGUCUACAAGGAAAAGGGUAUGUGAGAAAGGAGACGGGCUGGCUUACGAACAGCGCUGUCCUAGCAGAGCGUCUGGCAGAGCCGUGUGGCAACGAGACUGGAGGUCUGUGGCACCGUUAUGUCCAUCUGGUAGGUGGUAUAGCAAGAGGUGCAGCAGUGUACCCGCCUAAACUCGUGAAGGCAGUCCUGCAAGGCUUGAAAGAACAAAUGGCCCAGGACGGUCACUUAAGCUCUGUUGAUGCCUAUGCGGCUGGGCCAGUGCCUGAGGAGCCGUCUAUGCCAGCGGGAGAUUGGCAUCAGUACUGGGACGACGUAAACGGAGGGUAUCUAGACCCAGCAGGCGUAGAGGAGGCAAGAGAAACUGGGAAACAGCCCAUACCCCUCAAAUGGGUAGACACCCAGAAAGGUGAUGCUCAGAACCCGAAUCUGCGAUCAAGAUUAGUAGUGAAAGACAUCAAGGCGAGGAAAUCGCCAGAAGACCAGCUAGACCCAGCUAUGCUGUUCAGCGCCAUGCCGCCACUGGAAGCUGUGAGAUUGCUGGCAUCUAUGCUGGUGACUAAAGGAAGAUCCAAGCCCAAGCAUGGCAGAUUGCUGAGACUGGGCAGCUGGGACAUUUCGAGAGCCCAUUUUUAUGGCAGUCCUAAGCGCAACAUCUACGUGAAGUUGCCCCCAGAAGAGGGAGCAUCAGACGACGAGUGUGGUCUAUUAUGCAAGUCCAUGUACGGUACUCAAGACGCGCCAUCAAUAUGGCAGACACACUACACCCAGAUUCUUACUGAGGCAGGAUGGAAACGCGGAAGAAGCAAUGGAGCAGUCUUCUUCCACCCGUUGCUUGACGCAAGGGUUCUAGUCCAUGGAGACGACUUUCUUUGCUUAGGAGACGACGCAGCGCAGGAAGCGUUGGAUAGGACUCUAAGAGACGCCUAUGAGCUCAAGAGAACGAGAACGAUAGGCAUCGAAGUCGAAGGCUCCAAAAGGAUCUCCUUUUUGAACAGAGUUAUCAGGCUAGAGACAAUUGGGGGCAGACACUGUGCUGUAGUCGAAGCAGACUCGAGACACGCAGAACUCCUCAUAGAGGAACUCGGCCUGAAGAACGGAAAGGGGGUGGAAACGGCAGACGUGAAGAAGUCCGUAGACCAGCAGUUGCUGGAAGCCAAAGCUGCGGCAUUGCCGCCGGACAUGGUGAAGAAGUACCGCUCGUUGGUUAUGCGAGCUGCGUACUUGUCCCAAGACCGUGCCGACCUAGGGCAGACUGGGGCGAAUCUGAAGCGUUUGGGUCGCUACUUGAAGCAAUACCCAUACGCGAAACUUGUCUACGAAGCACAGAAGGAACCCGACAAGCUCAGAGUCCAAGUGGAUGCAGAUCAUGCUGGCGACGCCGUUACGCGGCGCAGCACAACAGGCAUGAUAGCUUUCUACGGAAGACAUCCGAUAAAGCACGCGAGCAAUGUACAAUCCACCAUCGCUCUGUCGACAGGGGAAUCCGAAUACUACGCCUUGGUCAAGGCAGGCUCGACAGGUUUAGGGAUACAGUCCCUUCUGACAGACUGGGGCUGCGAGCUAGGCGUGACCUUGGAAACGGAUUCCAAUGCCGCAAAAGGCCAAGGAAGCCGAAUUGGCCUAGGCAAGGCACGGCAUGUACAAACCAAGUAUUUAUGGUUGCAGGAGCGAGUUGCAAACGAUCAUCUGCGGAUCCACAAGGUCCCCGGUGAGUGCAAUACGAGCGACAUUCUCACUAAGAGUGUCGGCGGACCGACUUUGCGCAAACACCUCAAGGUGCUCGGAUAUCGGCUCACUUCGACCAAAGAUGUCGGUCACAAAGAAUUGCUGUACUGA